GCUGUCACUACGUAGAAUGGCACAGUCUGUCACUCAGUCUGAGAAAAAAUUGAAUUUGUAUUAAUCAGAACUAAAAGAUCAUACAAAUUUUUGAUUUUUUUCAAAGCCUUGGAUUUUUUCAUAUUUUUCUGAUAACUAUUAUGACUUGGCCUAUCCUCCAUUUCCGGCUUGACGUCGAAUUUUGGGACACCCUGUAAACACAGACAGAACAGCUCUGCCGUCGACUAUAUCCUCCUAUAGAGCCCACGAUAAUCUAGGUAUUCGAGGUGAUUGAAGUAUAAAAGAUCGUACACACUCUUGUCUGAAGACAUAGCACGUCUCCAGGCCUUGCAAGCAUUUUGAACACACCACCUUGGGUAAGAAAUCAUUUUCAUUUACCUAAAAUGUGAAUAGUUAUAUAAUGCCUAGAUAUUAACUAAAAACAGCCUGGAACUAACUGUUAGCGCCAAGCAAGUCUGAAUUUUAUUUUGAAGCUGGAUUUUCUUGCCCUCGUCUCUGAAUAUAUGCACUUUUUCUUUUUGAGUGUUUGAAGCACAAAGUCUGCACAAUUCGUAAAAGCUAACGCGUUUGUAACCAGACAUUUGUGAGGAAAUGUUUUUAUUUCAAGACUUAAAACUUGUUUAUAAAUAUUUUUUACCCGGCCAUUGACAUUGACAAACAAAAUUCGCAAGUGACAAAGCGUCAAAAAGAGUAAACAUGAUGUUUUGGCGGCGACAUCUGUGUUCAGAAAGCUUAACUGUGCUAGCUAUUAACACUUUUAUUCAAGAUUAAUUCAGGAAACUCAGAUAAAAUGCAGAACGUAAUAUAAUUGCAACAAAAGACCUUAUACAAGAGAUUCUCAACAUUGGUAAAUUUGGCUAAUAUUUUUGGAUAGUCGAGUACAUAAUAUUUUUAGGAUUUAAAAUGGCAGACAGUCCAAUGGAACUUUUGAUAUAUUAUGUACAAUCCAGCUAUUUGUUUUUGGUAUCUGGAUAGCUUGGUCUUAUGUGUUUUGUGGCUUGGGCAUAGCUUGGAAUUCUGUCAAGGUACAUCUGUCAUAUGUCAAAAGUGUCAGAUGACAAAUCAAAAAUUUUGCUUGUAAGUCUACUUUUCAUCCUUAUUAUUAUUGAGUUUUGAAUAAAAACCGAAAAUGCCGGACCAUUUGGGAGACGAUAUGCGUAAGGUGAAAGACAAAGAUGAGCCCGAAAAGGAAAUUAAAGGUAUGCUACAUUAAUUUUUUAGACUAUGCUAAAAAUUAAUUAUCUUUUUUUAGCCCUCGAUGAAGGAGAUAUUGCACUUCUAAAGACAUACGGCCAAGGACAAUACACAAAAACCAUAAAAUCCUGUGAAGAUGAUAUCCAAAGCAUAAUCAAACGAGUCAAUGAACUCACUGGUAUCAAGGAAUCGGACACUGGCUUAGCUCCACCAGCAUUAUGGGACUUAGCUGCAGACAAGCAAACUCUACAGAAUGAACAACCACUUCAAGUGGCUAGAUGUACAAAAAUCAUCAAUGCAGAUACUGAUGAUCCAAAGUAUAUCAUCAAUGUCAAGCAGUUUGCUAAGUUUGUGGUUGAUUUGGCUGAUUCUGUGGCUCCUACAGAUAUUGAAGAGGGAAUGAGAGUUGGUGUGGAUCGUAACAAGUACCAAAUUCAUAUCCCAUUGCCCCCAAAAAUUGACCCCACAGUAACAAUGAUGCAAGUAGAGGAGAAGCCAGAUGUAACUUACAGUGAUGUAGGAGGUUGUAAGGAGCAGAUAGAGAAACUCAGAGAAGUUGUAGAAACACCUUUAUUGCAUCCUGAGAAAUUUGUGAAGUUGGGUAUUGAACCCCCAAAAGGGGUACUCCUCUUUGGCCCCCCUGGUACUGGAAAGACCCUCUGUGCCAGAGCAGUUGCCAAUAGAACAGAUGCCUGUUUCAUCAGAGUUAUAGGAAGUGAAUUGGUGCAGAAAUAUGUUGGAGAGGGGGCAAGAAUGGUUCGAGAGUUGUUUGAAAUGGCCAGAUCAAAGAAGGCUUGUCUGAUAUUCUUUGAUGAAAUUGAUGCUAUUGGAGGAGCUAGAUUUGAUGAUGGGGCUGGAGGGGAUAAUGAGGUCCAACGUACUAUGCUAGAGCUGAUCAACCAACUGGACGGUUUUGAUCCUCGCGGUAAUAUCAAAGUCCUGAUGGCUACCAAUCGUCCAGAUACCCUUGAUCCAGCCCUAAUGCGUCCGGGACGUCUUGAUAGAAAAGUAGAGUUUGGACUGCCAGAUUUGGAGGGCAGGACUCAUAUUUUCAAGAUCCAUGCCAGGUCCAUGUCUGUAGAGAGAGACAUCAGGUUUGAACUUUUGGCUCGACUGUGUCCAAACUCAACUGGUGCUGAAAUUAGAAGUGUCUGUACUGAAGCUGGAAUGUUUGCAAUCAGAGCUAGAAGGAAGGUGGCUACUGAGAAGGACUUCCUUGAAGCUGUUAACAAGGUCAUCAAGUCCUACGCGAAAUUCUCGGCUACCCCCAGAUACAUGACUUACAAUUAAUCUUUUUUCUAUGCGCUUUAUGUAAUUUGUUCGAAUUGUAAUAAUUUUGAAAAUAAAGUCAAUCGUGCUUUAUGGUUUUCUUUUAAA